GUGAGAACCUCCUCCAACUUCGGCGGCAAAUCCGCCUCCGCAACAGUUAAAGGAAUCAAGGAGAGAAGAAAACGUGCCCGGACGAUUCGGAAUGGAAGCCUUGGCCUUCUGCCAGAGCCUGCAAAAUUCCUCUCGGAGCCUGGUCCACAGUCCCCCUCCCUCCUCAGCGCUCGUGAAUCCUUCCUAUUUUCUAACCAAUCGGCAGUCCCAGUACUACCCGGGUUCCAGCUGCCCACUGAUACGGCUCCCUUCUUCAACAGCCUUCCGGAAGAUCUGAACCAGUACCACCACCAAUACCAGCACACCCCUGCCUGCUCGUCACCCUCUGUACCACCACUGCCUCUAAAAACAGAUAUGUCCUCCUGGAUGUCUCCGCUCUCAUUUCUUCCCCCGACAGCACCCACCCCACCAGAAAGACACAUUUUGACUUUGCCGACCUUUGAGUAUCCAUUUGCCGAAGGUGAUAUAAGUCGGUACAUGGCCCAACAUGAGACCUUCUCACAAGCCCCUGCAACCUCUGCGAUGGAAUACUCAACGGCAGCGGCAGCAGCAGCGGCCUUUCAAGCGGCUGACGCAGUAUUUCGACAGGAGCCACCGCCGCAACCGCAGUACCACGGAGGAAACUGGAUGAUCAAAACUGAGGCCAGUUCAACCUUUGAGAACUUUUCAGAUCGCAGUUUCCCCCAGUGGGGACUGUUGCAGCAGCAGCAACACCCGCAACUGGAUGAUGCCGUGAACCGUGAAAUGACAACCACUGCCAACGGCACUGAUUCCUGCUCCCCCACAAAACUGCCUCAGCAUCCGGGGGAUGACGGAAACAGCUUUGCCUUCUUCCAGUCAGCUGCUGAAGGCAGCCUG